UUUUGGAUUCGAUCAAACCCUUCCAUUCAUGACCUUCAUCGGAGCUCAAGAGCCCACUGGUCGUUCCUGUAAUUCCUUUUGCGUUUGGUGGGGAAUUGGGAGCAAUGUGAAUGUUCGUGUCUUAGCAAAUCCAGUAUUAAGUGCACGAGAUGGGGAUAUUGGGCCAUGCUCUGGCUGCUUUUUUGAGCAACAAAUGCUCCCCUUUUUUCCAACUGCUGAUACACCUGAUAGUAUUAUCAUCAACAGUUUUCAGCGCAACUCCCCUGCUACUGUCACCAGCGGGCUGUUGGUACAUGAGAUGGGUUAUUAGAAGCAUGGUAGACGGAAGUUGGCCAGACCCUUCAGGAAGCAACACAAACAAUGGAACUCGUCUUGUUAGAGCAAUCCAGAAUUUCCAAAUCAAAUUAAAUUCCAAGCUCCAAGAGCUGAGGAAAGGCCUAGUAAUGAAGGUUCUUUUCUUCUUACUAGGUUUUUAUUGUGCGGCCGCAUUUGCAACAGUUAUAGGGCAAACAGGUGACUGGGACAUUCUCUUUGCUGGCAUUGCUGUCGUUGUGGUCAAGGCCAUUGGUGCUCUCAUGUACAGAGCUUCUUUCCAUAUACUGGACAAACUCAAAAGCCUCAUCGCAUUUUUUUCAACUAUUGGAAGGCAGAUCUUUCCCUGGGGUUGUUCUUAG